AUGAAUUACUUCAUUAUCGUCCCGGCUACCUUAGAUGGAAAUUUGCUAAAUGGCGGAUGCGAUGGUGUUCUUUUCGCAAAAUUCAACUCGACGUGCCGCCAAACGACGAAAGGCUCAGGUACGAAGCUGCUGAAGAGCUCUGCUGCCGGAGCCCAUCUGAUCGGCUAUGUUAGCCCGACGAUGGGUUAUUGCGAGAGCAUCUUACGGAUCAACUGGUACCAAGAGGCGGCCGGCGGGAACUUUUACGAGCAGGGAGACACGGUUCGAUACAAUAGACUAAAGCAGUACGGAUUCCUGUACGCCUGGGAGAUGCCCGCCGCCGAUGCCAAGAAACCGGCGCCUGAUCCGUUGUGUCCUAAAGUU